AUGGGUCACCAGCAGCUCUACUGGAGCCAUCUGGGAAAAUUCGGCCAGGGUUCUCGCUCAAACCGGCACGGUGUGAUCCGGAAAUACGGCCUCAAUAUACACCGCCAGUGUUUCUGCCAGUACGCGAAGGACAUCAGCUUCAUUAGGUUGGACUAG